AUGACUGAAGACGAUAACAAUAUCAUGGAUUCGGAGGGUAAUACAAAAUAUAAAGACGGUGUAAAUCGCAAUGCCAGGUUAAUUGUCAGGAAUGUAUCGUUUAAAGCCACGGAAGAUAAUCUUAAAGAAUAUUUUUCUCAAUAUGGUAAUGUUGAAGAGGUUAAAUUACUAAAGAAACCCGAUGGAAGGCUUGUUGGAUGUGCAUUUAUACAUUAUACACACGUUCCUAUGGCCAACAAAGCCUUGGCUGCAACAAACAAGAAACCAUUUUUAGGUCGUCCUAUAUAUGUUGCUUGGGCUGUCCCACAAAAUAAGUACAGUGAAAAUGUGCAAGGUAAUGGACAAAAGAAAAAAUUUGAUAGUACUUAUGAUGAUACUAAAAAAGAAGUUAAAGAUGAAGAAACAGAAAAUAAAUUAUCUAAAGAUGACAAGGAUAAAAUAAGAAUAAACCGUAAAGCCCGUCUAAUAGUUCGUAAUAUUUCUUUCAAAGCAACAGAGGAGUCUCUAAAAGAACACUUUGACCCUUAUGGCAUUGUGCAAGAAGUAAAAUUGUUAAAGAAACCGGAUGGAAAGUUAGUUGGUUGUGCUUUUGUGCACUUCAAAAAUGUGCCAAUGGCUACUCAAGCAAUAUUAAAUACAAAUUUGAAGCCAUUCUUAGGUAGACCAAUAUCAGUAGAUUGGGCAGUAGCUAAAGAUCAAUAUAUGCGACAUGUUGUCAAUAAGCAAACUGAAAUGCAGGAUGCAGUCAAGAAAGAAGAUUCUAGUGAUGAUGAAUAUGAUAAUCCUAUGAAUAUUUCUAAUGAAAGUUUGAAGCAGGAAAUAAAAAGUGAAUCAGAUGAAAGUUCUGAUGAUGAUGAGAAAGAUGAUGGUGUAGAUGAGGAAGAGAAUGAUGACGAUGAUGAAGAUAAUGAUGAUGACGAGGAUGACGACGACGAUGAUGGUGAUGAUGAUAAUGAGGAUGGAGAUGAUGAGGAUGGAGAUGAUGAGGAUGGAGAUGAUGACAAAAGUGUUACAAGCUCACAACCUAAUUUUCAACGAACAAAACUAAAUGAUGCAGAAGAUGGAUGUACAGUGUUCCUAACUAAUGUACCUUUUAGCAUAGACAAUGAUCAGUUGAAAGCCUUUGCAGAGAAAACAGGCCCCGUGAAAUAUGCCCUAGUGUGUGUGGAUAAACUCACAGAACAUUCUAAAGGCUCUGGAUUUAUUAAAUUUGUGAACAAAGAAGACGCAGACAGGUUCCUAGCUUUACCAGCGGAUGAGUUACGGUUAGACGGUCAAGUGAUGCAAGUGAGACCCGCCUUGAAGAAAGAAAACCUGCAGACUGGGAACAAGAAGCAACCAAAAGAUAACAGAAACCUGUAUCUGGUUAAGGAAGGAGUGAUAGUAGCGGGUACUAAAGCUGCAGUGGGAGUGUCCGCCUCCGACAUGGCGAAGCGGCUCGCGCUGGAGCGCAGCAAGACGCAGAUGUUGAAAAAUUUAAACAGGUUCGUGUCCCGAUACCGGUUGGUAGUGUCCAACCUCCCCGCUAACUACGACGACGCGGGACUGCGGCGCGUGUGCGCGCGCGCUGCGCCGCGUGCGACCGUCACGGAGGCGCGCGUCAUGCGCGACCUGAGGGCGGGCUUGCAGCGGGACGGUAAACACCCAUCGAAAGGCUACGGCUUCGUGAUGUUCACUCGGCACGAGGACGCGCUCGCCUGCUUGAGGAAAUUGAAUAACAAUCCUGAUAUAUUCGAUAGAAAUAAUAGACCUAUAGUGUCAUUCUCAAUAGAAGAUCGAACAGCACUAAACGCAAGGAAAAAGAGGUUGGAAAAAUCUAUAGCAAAUAACCCGCUGGCCAAAAAGGAUGAUGAAAGUAAUGAAAAUAAACAGAGAAACAGGAAACGGAAAAACACUUUCACCCCAGAUGAAAGUUACAUGAAGAAAGGACGAUUUGAUAACAAAAAUAAUAAAAAUAACUGGAAUAAUAAAAAUAAUCAGAAUAACUCAAAUAACCAGAAUAAUCAAAAUCACCGAAAAAAUCGUUAUAUUAAAAAUAAUCGUAAUAAUCAAAGUAAUCAAAAUGACGAGGUUGGAAGAUUUGUUAAAAAAACAACACAAGACGCAGAAGAAUAUACAGGAUUAACAGCUAAAGAAGGAAGUCAGCACAACAUGAGGAGUGGCCAUAAACUAAGAGCACAAGCCGACAUCCAUAGACAAAACGUCAAGCUAGAGAAGAAAAAGAGCAAGCGAGCGAUGCGAUUAAAGAUGGCGGCGCGGGAAAGGAUAAAACAGCCAAAGCAAAAGAUUAAUAAAAGUAAAACUGUUAAAAGGAACAAGAAAAGGAAGUUUAACGAUGAAAUUAUU